CUUCCCCCGGCGGCGCCACGGGGCAUGCCGGGAAGCGCGGUCCUUCCGCCGCCGCGCGGGGGCUGCUGGGGAGCGGUGCGGUUCUAUGGCGGAGCCGGCGCCUCCCGGAGGGCCGCAGCCCCGCGCCCGGCGCCUGGCGGCGCUGCUGAACCGCAGCCUGCGGGUGCGCAUGUCGGACGGGCGCACGCUGGUGGGAGCCUUCCUCUGCACCGACCGCGACGCCAACAUCAUCCUCGGCUCCGCGCAGGAGUUCCUCAAGGCUGCGGAUGCGUUCCCGGGCAGCGAGCCGCGUGUGCUGGGCCUGGCCAUGGUGCCUGGGCACCACAUCGUGUCCAUCGAGGUGGAGCGCGACGCCGCCGCCGCCCUGUGCUCCUGACGGCCCCACCGUGGGACGGAGCCCUGAGUGUUGUGCACCUCUCAUGUGCCCCAACGGGUGAUGGACGCCUGCCAUGCAAAAUGAACGCCGGGACUGCGGUCCCCGCAGCCCCAGUAGAGCUCCCGUGGUGGUCACGUGUCACCACGUGAUGCCGUCAUUCCAGUCCCCUGCAAAGCAGGACGCAGAUGCCCCUUCCUCCCCCAAACACUCCGUUUUCAGCCUGAAACAGAGUUGUGCAGGUUAAUUUAAUCUCGGGUGCAAAAGGUUUCAGUGGGCGAGAGGGAACACGCGGCAGUCCUGGUCCCUCCUAACUGCGAUAAAACGCCGCGGCCAAGGGGGGUCAGGGAGGAACAGGAACAAGGG